AUGCCAGCAGUCGCACCGACCGGUCAGUACCUCAACUGGCGCGCCCUCGUCCUUGUCUCCGCCACCACGUGCGCGCUCACUGUCGCUGGCUUCUUUCUCCUGCUCGACAGAAAAAGCUUUCGAUUGAACCGCCGUCUCGCCCAUCGAUACAGCAGCAAGCACAACAGCAAUCAUCGCCAUUUUGAACCAUCCUCGAGCUCGGAUAUUUUCGACGAUAUAAUGCCAAAAGACGUGGUCUAUUUGAACAACGCCAAUGCGUGUCUGGACUAUGUCGUGGGGGCUGGAGAUCUGGACGACUUUACUGACGCCAAGGUCGUCGUCAAGAAGAUUUGUCUUGACUGGAGUGACGCAGCAAACGACGAUAUUUCGGUCAAGAUCAUCGUUGGUGGCAUUACGAACCGCCUUUAUCGCCUUCUGUGGCGAAACAAGUCGGUGCUUGUGCGUCUUUACGGCGACCACACGGAGGAGUUCAUUGACCGUGACAUUGAAAACAUGCUGUUUGCGUUGCUGUCAGAACGUGGAUUUGCACCCACGUACUAUGGUCGCUUUAAAAACGGCCGCAUUGAAGGCUGGCUGGAUGCACGGCCGUUGGUGCCUGAGGAGAUGGGUCAGAUUAAGCCCGUCAAUUACCUGCAGAUGAUUGGAAGAGAACUCGGUAUUAUGCACGUCAUGGAUAUCCUAGAGGACCGUGCGCCUGUGUUGUGGACCAAGAUUGAGCGAUUCGAGAAGCUGGCGAUGGAGACCAAGCUCGAUGAUCCAGUCAAGAAUGCGGCGUUGCAGGAAGUGGACUUGACAGGAUUGCAUCAGAAAUUGCAGUGGCUCAAAUCAGUGCUCCCCUCGAACCAAAAUCGUAACGGCAAGGACUUACUGGAAUCUCUUGACACGGACGAGAUAUCAGAACAGGCAGAGGCGUUUGCGUCUGACGUCGUGUUCUCCCACAACGACUUACUCAGCGGGAAUAUCUUGCACAACCCAGACUGGGAUCGCGUGCAGAUUAUUGACUACGAGUACGGUGGCUACAACUACCGCGCUUUCGACUUUGCCAACCACUUUUGCGAAAACUGUGGUUUCGAACUGGACCUGGCGCUUUACCCGAGCAUGGAGAAGCAGUUUGCGUUUUUCAGGGCUUACAUGAGCACGGCCGCACCCGAUUUACUGGCCGAACUCGAGACAAACCGUGAGUCCAAGGCAUUUUUCCACGCGCUAUACAAUGUAGUGAACCGCUACACUCUUGCUUCCCACCUCUUCUGGGGCUAUUGGGCCCUCGUCCAAGCAGCUCACUCGAAGAUCGACUUUGAUUUUCUCGCGUACGCAGCCAAGCGCUUCAACGCGUUCGACGUCCACCGUGAGCUUUUCUUCAGUGCCGAGUGA